GUAUGAAAAUGGCUGCGCUUAUUUCCACGAAGAAGAAAGAGAAGGACUUGCAAAGAUUUGUAGGCUUGCUAUUCAUUCUCGUUACGAAGACUUUGUAGUGGAUGGUUUCAAUGUGUUAUAUAACAAAAAACCUGUCAUAUAUCUUAGUGCUGCUGCUAGGCCUGGCCUGGGCCAGUACCUUUGUAAUCAGCUCGGGUUGCCCUUCCCCUGCUUGUGUCGUGUGCCAUGUAACACUAUGUUUGGAUCCCAGCAUCAGAUGGAUGUUGCCUUCCUGGAGAAGCUGAUUAAAGAUGAUAUAGAACGCGGAAAACUGCCCCUUUUGCUUGUAGCAAAUGCUG